GCCUCCGGCGGGGGGACGCGAGAACGGUGUCGCUCGUCAUAUGACGCGAAAUAACCACGACUUUAAGGCUCUGGAGACGGAAAGGGCUGAAGGACGCAGUCUCUGACCCUGUAUUUGGGGAAUUGAUCCGAGUAUGCCUGACUUCCCUAGAUAUGGAAACAGACAGUGGAAAUCAAAAGAUAAUGGAAGAAAGCGCUGAGAAAAAAAAAGAUGUAGAGAAAAAGAAACGGUCUCGGGUGAAACAGGUGCUUGCAGAUAUUGCUAAGCAAGUGGACUUCUGGUUUGGGGAUGCAAAUCUUCACAAGGAUAGAUUUCUUCGAGAGCAAAUAGAAAAAUCUAGAGAUGGAUAUGUUGAUAUAUCACUUCUGGUGUCUUUUAACAAAAUGAAAAAGUUGACUACAGAUGGGAAGUUAAUUGCCAGAGCACUGAAAAGUUCCGCUGUUGUCGAGCUGGACUUAGAAGGCACCAGAAUCAGAAGAAAAAAACCUCUCGGUGAACGACCAAAGGAUGAGGAUGAGCGCACUGUAUAUGUGGAGUUACUUCCCAAAAAUGUUAAUCACAGCUGGAUUGAAAGAGUAUUUGGGAAAUGUGGCAAUGUGGUUUAUAUAAGUAUACCACAUUAUAAAUCUACUGGAGAUCCAAAGGGAUUUGCCUUUGUGGAAUUUGAAACAAAAGAGCAAGCAGCAAAAGCUAUUGAGUUUCUUAACAACCCCCCAGAAGAAGCACCAAGAAAACCGGGCAUAUUUCCCAAGACAGUGAAAAAUAAGCCUAUUCCAGGUUUAAGAGUAGCUGAAGAAAAGAAAAAGAAAAAGAAGAAGAAGGGCCGAAUUAAGAAGGAAGACAAUGUGCAAGCAAAAGAGUUAAAUAUGGACACAAACAAUGAGAGUAUCUCUAAGAUAAAAAGGUCAAGGACAACAUCCGAGGGCUCUGAAACAGAAACACCUGAACCUCAAAAGCAGCCCACAAAGAAAAAAAAGAAAAGGGAAAGAGAAGUAUCCAGCUUACCUGAAGGCAAAACAGGGAAGAGGAAGAGAAGCAGUUCUGGAGAUGCAGAGUGCUUAGCUCCCAAAUCUAAACUGAAGAAAAUGGCUCAAAAAGACAUUAUAAAAGAAGCUUCUGAAGUUUCAAAAGAAAACAGAGACUUAGAAUUCUCUACAGAAGAGGAAAAGGAUGGUGGAGACAUAAAAGAUGGUUCUCUAAAAACAAAGAGAAAGCAUAAGAAAAAACAUAAAGAGAGACAUAAAAUGGGUGAAGAAGUUAUACCACUGAGAGUACUGUCCAAGAGCGAAUGGAUGGAUUUAAAAAAAGAGUAUUUGGCAUUACAAAAAGCCAGCAUGGCUUCUUUAAAAAAAACUAUAUCCCAAAUAAAAUCAGAAUCAGGAAUGGAGACAGACAGAGGAGUUCCUAAUAACUCUGAAAUGAGAAAUGAAAAAGCUCACAGUCAAGAGAAUCACCCUCAGGAGAAGGUUAAUGCUCCAGGACCACAGUUUGUGAGUGGAGUGAUUGUGAAGAUCAUUAGCACAGAACCUCUACCUGGCAGGAAACAAGUUCGGGAUACUUUGGCCGCAAUCUCAGAAGUUGUUUAUGUUGAUUUGUUAGAAGGAGAUACAGAAUGCCAUGUCAGAUUUAAAACUCCUGAGGAUGCUCAAGCAGUUAUGAAUGCAUAUACUGAAAUUAAAAAAAAGCACUGCUGGAAACUCGAGGUCCUUUCUGGUGAUCACGAACAGAGGUAUUGGCAGAAGAUUUUGGUAGAUAGACAGGCCAAACUUAACCAGCCUCGGGAAAAGAAAAGAGGCACUGAGAAGUUAAUCACCAAAGCUGAAAAGAUCAGACUGGCAAAGACUCAACAAGCAAGUAAACACAUUAGAUUUUCCGAAUAUGAUUGAAAAAAUUAAAGUUCACCUCUUAAUUUCACUGGAUACUUACUUAAGUGAUUCUGGGAAAAUCCAUUUUUAUUAUGGUAGUACUAUAUAAUGAAUGUAUUUCUAAAAUCUGCAUUUAAUUAAAAAACUUUGAUCCUUAAA